AGUGGCUUUCUCGCCAGCACUAGCAAACUCGGUUGCGGUAUGAAGUUUCUAAAAUGACACUUGGGGAUAUUUUUGUGAGUACGAUGUCGCUGUUUUUGUCUAGAAAGUUUGGUUGUGCAGAUCUUUUGAGUCAUUUCACGUAACGGUGUUCUGGGCUGAUCCGCUGUUGUUUCAGCUACAGACAAUCACUUUCCAGCUCUGGUGUUUUCUGAGAUAUUGGUCUAGUUGCAGUGAUGAGGCGAGGAGAUCCUCUCCCUCGAGCCUUUCAGGCUCCAGUGGAUGUACAUGUCAGUGCAGAUGGCCAAGUGUACAUGUUCGGACACAGACAAGAAGAACCAGAAGUGUCAUCUGAGGAUGAGGAACUCAAUGUCAUUGAGCUCCGGCCGCGAAGCAGAGAGUCGUCUUCACAGGAGAGAGAAAGAGUGGGAGAAAUGCUCUUGUUGGAACGUGACAUCUCACAUGAGGACAAUCUCAACAAACUGGCCCUUCAAUAUGGAUGCAAGGUGGCUGACAUAAAAAGGGUGAACAACCUUUUUCAAGAGCAGGACAUGUAUGCACUGAAAUCAAUCAGAAUCCCUGUAAAGAAGCAUGGCUUGCUAACCGAGGCCAACUCUGAGCUCAGGAACCCCCAGCAAAGACCCUGCAAUGAUGUAGCAUCAUCAAACAGUGCUGAAGCAAACGUCUCGGGAAGACCUCAGGUUCAGGAGUACACCAAUUACCUAAAAGAGGUGGACAGUGACAUUGAGCGUCUGAUACAAAGCACAGACCCCUCAGAAGAGGUAUUUUCCAGCGGUUCCAGGGUAUCCAAACGAUGGGGGUGGAGAAGCCAGCGUUUGCGCAGCUAUGGUGCAGAUUGGGGGAUCCAGUGGUGGAACGCUGUAAUUGUAAUGUUACUCAUUGGCAUUGUCCUGCCAGUAUUCUAUGUGGUAUAUUUUAAAACUCAAGAUAAUGGAGGAUCAGUAGUGGACAAUAUAGUGGGCAACAUCACGGGCAACUUCAAUACCUCAAAGAGUACGGGGUGAGGGUCAGCAUGGGAAUAUCAAAAAGUAAGUAUCACAUUUGAAAAUUUGAAAUUUGGUUUCAUUCCUACAAUUUUCUUUGGUAAUUUGCAGAUAAACUUUGUAUUACAAGUUCAUAUUAUUAUGGUACAUUCAUUGAAGUGAAUAGAUCACCCAAAAUAGAAAAGGUAACAUUUGGGUUCAAAAGACUUGGAGUAUGACA